CGGCAAUGGUGGAGAAAGACGUGCUUAGGGUUUGUCCCAGUGGCUAUGGUAGGAGGCAUUGCUGCGAGGAGGCGCUAGCAUUCCAUGGCGGUAUCGGCGACGGGAUCGACCAGAGACGUUUCCUACAGCUGCGGGAGGUGCGCGUUCAAGCUCAAUCUCAGCUCCUCCGAUCGGCUCAUCACGAGCAUCGGUCCCAGGUACUCCAAAACUAGCAGGAAAGGGAUCCUCUACUUCCUCUCGAUCGAUGAGAGCCGGUUUAGAAUGCUGGACGAGGUCAAGUGUGGCCCGUACUUCGAAUCGCCAGGGAAGUGGGGGAUCCAGAGAAUGCAAACGCGGCUCUUGUGCCGGCAAUGCGGUGCCACCAUCGGGCAUCUGGAGUCGGGGAUCUCGUCGUCGGUGAUCGGCUGCCUGGAUGUGGAUCGAAGCACAGACGAUGGGAAGAGAUUUUGCAUCAAGAUCAGGGCGUUGCAGCCAGAGCAGGAGCUCGACGGUGGAUUCCAAGCCAAAGAUGGAGAUCAGGAGAAAGCUCCCGAGGUUCUUCUAGCCGCCAAAGAUGAGAAAGCUCUGGAGGAAGCCAAGGAGGGAGAUGAAGAGAAAAGAUUCGAGCAGCGCAGCAGUGAGAAGACGAAGCUAGAUCAGGAGGGGAAAAAGGACGAGAUUUGCAAUCAGUAGCAGCAGCGAUGGAUGGAUCGAUUGAUUGCUUCUUUCUUUUUCUUUUUGGUUUUGAGUGUAUGAUUCUUUCUCGAGGCUGUAGAUGAUAAUGUGAAAAAUGCCUGCCGGGUUAUCUAAAGAGAAAACGAGGGCUUGGAUUGGACGGUUGUGAUGGCUGCCGAUUCUGAGAUGGAAUUCCAGCCCGGGCUGCGUAAAAGCCACCAGGUCGCUCGUUCCAGCCGCCAUAGCCACAAACAACACAGAGCUUUGCCUUCCAGUUGGUCGCCACUGUAAAUUUAAGCAUUAAGUGACCUUGGAGCUAUUUCUACAUUACAAGGAUCUUUCCAAUU